AUGGCACCACCAAUGCAACAGAAACUUCCGGGUAUGGAGAUGAAGAAAUCUCGAGAUCAAAGACUGGUGGAUCAACCGAAAAUGCAGGAGGAAGUGGUUGGCCAUCACAUGAGCACCGGUGAAGAUGUGAUCUUGAAGAACGGUGAACCGUGUUUAGCCAAGAGUGGAAAGAUCAUUCCGGAUAAAUGUGUUGUCUAUUUC